AGCGCCCUGGCAAUCAAUUUCAGCUGUUGUGCAACUUUGAAGCGUCAGUUAACCAACCAGCCACCUUUGAACGAAAUAUUAUUUUGCAAGAAAAACAUUACACAUGAAUUUCAAAAAGAAUUUACACUGCUCCUCUUGCCGAAAGGUACUCUCAUCGUAAGAGGGCUUUCACUACACAGGACCAAAAACCAAUGUGAGCGUGACACAUGUUCAGAAGACCACGAGCAUGACUGGAUGAACCAAGAAUUCCCAACGUUAGAGGCUGCCAAGGAUUGGAUCUUGACCCAAGAGCUUGACCAAAUAUAUAGCUUGACGCAUGUACGCCAUGCAAGGAAAUGGCGUGUACCGUUGUCGCCAUUGGGAAACACCGGGCAAGACGAGAGUGAAGAAAAAUCUGGAUCCAACGAUAGAUCAUGUCAAGCGAAAUCGGUCCAAAAUAACGGCUCUUGGUUGUAAGGCUAGAUUUUAUCUGAGGAAAAUUACCCGAUGUAAAUGCCUAGAUAAUGUCUCGGAAAAAUUUUGCCUGCACCAACAAACCCUUUUUGAACUGAGAGGAUGCUUGAAACACUCCCAUGAAGUAGAGGGGAAGUCGCACCGCAUUUCCCAAGUCACCAAAAAUCUGAUCAUGUCUCUGGAGGUGGGCGUGCCCAGAUCUGUUGUACGGGAUAAAUAUUGCCGACCAUCCCAUAUGGAGGACUUGGACGCCAAAUGGGUCACUCUUAAAGAUCUGACGAACUUUGAAAAUGCUUUGCAUAAGUCUCGGCAUCCUCCCGCGCCUUCUGCCUCAGUUCCAUGUGCUCAAUUAGAUCUAGCCAUUUCAUCCAUGACCGACCAAGUAAGCGCCAAUUCGAAGGUCAAUUUGCCCGAUAAAUUGGAUGGGUUGUCAUUUUCCAUCAACGCUGAUCCAGCUUCCUUGAACCUGACUAGUCAAGACGGAAAGUCUGGCACGGGCUUCAGUUGGCUAGCACAGAGUGGUCUUGAUCUGUUGGAUUCAACGUCCACUUAGAUUGAAAUGGACACGGUUACAAGAGCUGACCUGUCCUUGGAUCUCGUUCCUGAAGUCACGACUCAUCCCAAGAAAGAUCAAACGGACUUUCAGAGUCCGAUUUUGGUACUUUUGUCACGUGAUUGCAAAAACGUGGCUUUACGUUGGAUGGAUGGUUUUGAUGCACGCCUCAACAGUUUUCAUGAAGCCCCACCUUUAUUACCUUCAAUUUAACAAGACCAAGCCAAACCAGCCACGGGCUAAAAGGAACCAAGGGGUCAAUAACUUGUUCCUUGAUUAUGGACAAUUAUUUUGUUUAAAGUUGAAUAUGGCAUGUUCAGUUUCAUACAUGUGUACAUGCACAAGAGCCAUACAAUUAAGACCUGUCGA